AUGGCUUACAGUGCAAAGAUCGGUCCGUCCAUCCUGAGCAGCGACCUGGCCUGUCUGGGACGCGAGUGCGUGCGGAUGAUGGGGUGCGGGGCAGAUUACCUGCACCUCGACGUUAUGGACGGGCAUUUUGUCCCUAACCUCACAUUUGGACAUCCCAUGGUAGAGUGCUUAAGGAAGUCAGUAGGCCAGGACCCUUUCUUUGACAUGCACAUGAUGGUGUCUCGGCCGGAGCAGUGGGUGAAGCCCAUGGCUGCAGCAGGAGCCAACCAGUAUACAUUCCACAUAGAGUCCACCACCAACCCUGGUAACCUCAUCAAAGAGAUAAGAGAGAGUGGCAUGAAGGUGGGUAUGGCCAUAAAGCCUGGUACUACUGUUGAAGAGCUAGCACCCUGGGCUAACCAGAUCGAUAUGGCUCUGGUCAUGACUGUUGAACCUGGCUUUGGAGGACAGAAGUUCAUGGAGGACAUGAUGCCCAAGGUGAGUUGGUUGAGGAGUCAGUUCCCUUCAUUAGACAUUGAAGUAGAUGGAGGAGUUGGCCCCGACACCAUUCACAAGUGUGCAGAGGCAGGAGCCAACAUGAUAGUGUCGGGCAGCGCUGUGAUAGGCAACGACGACCCUCGUUCCGUCAUCGCUCUCCUGCGCACCGUGGUGGCCGAGGCAAUCCAGAAACGUUCGCUGGACCGCUGAGAUGUCCUCUUUGUGACUUCCUACCUGCCCCGUCCCAGCAACACAACACAGCAGCCAGGGGAACAGACUGAAUACAGGACAUUUUUGGGGUUGAGGUCAGGGGUCACGGUCAGAGCAGGGGGCUGAUUGCCAAAAGUGGAAUCACUUUAAUGUAAGUGAAGCUGCACCGUGCCUCGACAAAACUUUUUAAACUUCACCCUGUCACAAUCUCCUCUCUGAGCAGUUAACUCUGAGUGAGUCUCAUCUCGGCAUUGGGAACAACCAUUGCAGGAUGGAGCUGAGGUUAAGCUUAUUUCACAUCUGUAAACAUUCCUGAAUAUUGUUUGACACUGUUUUAAAAUGUAAUUAAGUAAAUAAAAUGGUCCAAGGAGCACUGUGUUUAGUAUAUCUUCAGUUUUAGCGAGUACUUUUCCGACGUUCAUCCGAAAUCAUGUUUCAUACAUCAUUAAACGGUUUUGGCUCAUUUUAGCUGUUUUGUUGAAAUAAGCCAUUCACACUUGCCCCACUACUGAGCAUACAUAAUGUACACUUCUAAAUUCCAUGGUUUUGCUAAUUAAAAAGACUCCAAUGAA